AUGAAUUUGAUCCCAGUACAAUCUCCACUCUGCUGUUUAUACGAACGACUAGUCGUCGACUUACGUCGUGACAUACUGCUCAGCAUGAAAGCUACUUCUUUCUGGAUAUGGUUAGAAGAGGUCGGAUUCCCCAACGUUGUUUCGGGUCUGCUUAAUAUAGACGCUGCUGCACUAUCACUAAUAUUUCAAGAAGCUGUUGGCUGCCUCAACUGCAUCGAAUCUCCAUUACCUCCAUUAUUUUCUCUAACAGGAAAUAUCAUUCAGAUUCCAUUAACCAAAAGUCUGAUGUCUUCGAACGAUAUCAACUACACAUCUCUAUACAAAAACAGGUCAAGCGCACUGAGACGAAUCUCCUACGCUGUGAAUGAAAUUUAUGUCAAGGAAUUUGACGAUAUCAUCCAGAAGGUGUCGCCAAACAAUCCACCCCCAUCGGUUCCCCCUCUGCCGAAAGAAAAUAAACACCGACCUGGAGUUGUUCAAGUUGAAAAGUCUAUUUCCGGAGGAUGA